AAUUAUUUAAAAGCCAAAACGCCUAAGCAAUUUCCCACACUCCACGCCAAACUUUGCUUAUAAAAACAACACGAAAUCCUUCAGUAGCCUUACAAUUUAGAACUCAAUUGACAUGAAGACAUUGAAGAUCCAACUUGCUUUCUCUUCUUUCUUCUUCCUCCUCUUCUCUCCCUUCUUUGCUGCCGUUUCCUCUGCUCAGGACUUCGAUUUCUUCUACUUUGUUCAGCAGUGGCCUGGAUCCUACUGUGACACGAGGAAGAGUUGCUGUUAUCCAACCACAGGAAAGCCAGAGGCAGACUUCGGAAUCCAUGGCCUUUGGCCCAACUACAAAUCUGGAGCUUAUCCCUCCAAUUGUGAUCCAGAUAGCCCGUAUCAAUCAUCUACGAUCAAUGACCUGAUUGAAAGCUUGCAAAGAGAGUGGCCAACCCUUUCUUGCCCCAGCAGCGAUGGAAACCAAUUCUGGGAGCAUGAAUGGGAGAAGCAUGGCACCUGCUCUGAGUCUGUCCUCGACCAACACGCCUACUUCCAGGCUACACUAGACCUCAAGAACAAGAUUAACCUCCUCCAAAUCCUUAACGAUGCAGGGAUCAAACCUGAUGGGGGAUAUUACAGCGUUAGCAGCAUCAAGGAUGCGAUAAGCAAGGCAACAGGCUUCACUCCAUGGAUAGAGUGCAAUGUGGAUGAAGGUAGGAACAGGCAAUUGUAUCAAGUUUAUAUGUGUGUGGAUACGUCAGCUACUAAUCUUAUUGAGUGUCCAGUCUUUCCAAGGGGGAAGUGCUCAGAUCAAAUUGAGUUCCCUCCGUUCUAGAGAAAUUUGUUCAGUAGCUUAUUUAGGCUUUGUUUGGGACGACUUUUUUACUACUUCUUAAAGCAACUUUCUAGUAAAAAAAUAAUUUUUUAUACUAAAAAGUUGUUGUAAGAAGCAAUAAAAAAGACGUCCCAAACAAAACCUCGGUUGCUUGAAAGUUGAUGAAUUUGUUAGAUUUAUUAUUUGGUUGAAUGAAGUUACUGACCUGCACCUGCAUUGAUUCCAAACUUUGCGAAUUAUUUUCAAAAUUAUCUCAAAAAUGAUGGGUUUGUUUUCACUAAGAUGUGAGUGAAAAUAUAAACUUCUUUACAUAUAACAUAUUUUCAUUUUAA